AUGGCUCGCUUCAUUAUCCUCCUCGCUGCCAUGGCCACUGCCACACUUGCCGGCAAGGCUCCUGCCCCUGUCACCGAGGUCUCAUACACCGUCGGCGAAGUUACAGGAUGCCUCACCCUCGCUCACAUCCAAGCCCUCGGCCAGACCUUCAACGGCCUCAACAACACCCGUGACAACACGCUUCCCCAGAUCCCCACCACCUACAUCAACGACCCUACUGCUUGCAUUCCCGAGUCUCUCUUUGACCAGUACUUCGAGCCCAUCGUGGCCGUCGCCAAAGAAGAAAAGCUCCUCGAAUCUCUGUUCAGCGAGAACCACAGCCGCGAUGUCGCUGUUUUCAAGCGUAUUCGCGACUGCCCCCAAAUUCGCGAUGCUACUAUCAGCCGCAUGAAGUCUUUGAGCUGCGACAGUGCGCCAAACCCUUCGUCUUGCCGCUCUUGCGCCAACUUUUCGACCUUCAACUUUGUCGCCUCUUGUGUCGCCUGCGCUGCGAAGGCUAACCAGGAGAGUAUCUUCUGCUGCGCUGCUUCUGCUACUACCUUUGCCACCUACUACUCUCAGGUCUGCCUGAGCAAGUAG